CAUGACGUGUUCUUAAACCACAGAAUUGUUCUCUCCUUUGUGCUCUUGAGUGUGUGGAUUCUGUUCUUCCCCAAGAAUGAAUCUCCAAUAAGAAAACAUUGGUGAAUAUCAGGUUCUUUGUAAAAACUGCGGAAGUGGGCUUUGAGAAAAAUUUUCUUCUUAAGAACGUUUGAUGAAUGAGAAUGGUUGGUGAAUGGUAGGCCUAUUGUACUGGCCACCCCAAAGUCCAGACCUCAACAUCAUUUAAUGGGUUGGGAAGUAUUAGUAUUGUGAAAGGCAAAAAAUGCAGCCAACUUCUAUGACUGAACUUUGGAGAUGAUAUUAUAUUUAGUUGUUGAGGCUUUUGUGAAAUGUAAAUAUAUCUUUUCUGCUUAACCUAAUGCUGAAAAAUGAAUAGCGUGUACUAAAUGGCUUAUUUGACAGGAAGCUAAAUAAAUGAAUUGUGGUCUCUGACGUGAACCGUACUGUAUGUAGGUAGAUCUGGAUAUUAAACAAUGAUAUACUAGUUGACGUUCUUGGCUCAAGUUAAACAUCUAAAUGUCCUGCCUGUAGUGCUGUGUGUUGGAGACGGCAUGCUCAGUUCAGCCGUGUGGAAUUCAGCUGACUUGAGGAAAUGGCUUGUUUGUGAUAGCUGCGAGUUAGAGGGAGUUUCUGAAAGUUAUAUACACUCCGCCUGACCACACUUCCUCCCUGUGAACAGAACACAACCCCUCUCUCUCUCUCUCUCUCUCUCUGCUAAAAGGGGGACGGCCCAGUUAUUCUCCACCUGCCCAUUUCUAUGAGGAGCACUGUAACUGGCUAAACUGCCCUGACAAGUGCAGGGAGGGUUAAAACACACCAGCCUGUAUCUUUUCAUAGCGCUCAUAUAUAAACACACACACACACACACACACACACAAAACAUGCACACCCUCAUGAGCGACCGCACGGGAUAAAGACACAACUCUCUCUCCAAGGAGAAGUGAAAGAAAGAGCGUGAAAACAGAAAAAGAGAGAGAGAAAGAGGGAGAAGAAAUAAAGCAGGAGGGCUGGAACCGACCCCAAUGCUCCCAAAGAGCAAGCGCUGAAGGACAGUGUUGGCACAGCGCCAGCCGGACAUGCCGGACCCGGAGCAGCUGGACUCCUCCGCAGAGCAGGAUGGGGUCAUUCUGGAUCGAAUGGCCAGCCUGCCUGCAGACCUGCUGCUGACCAGCGACUUACGCGGGAAGUUUAAGAAGAUGCGCUCUAAGAAGAGGCCCACCAUUCUGGCAUCCUCUCCUGGAUACAGUAAGCCUCCAGUGGCCCCAGUGUGCUGUGCCCAGGGUGAGAAAGGACCCCCGGCCAUGAUGCCCAUCAGCGUUGACCCUGAGAGCCGGCCGGGCGAGUAUGUCCUCAAAAGCCUCUUCGCCAACUUCACCACCCACUCGGAGCGAAAGAUACGGAUAGUCAUGGCCGAGCCACUGGAGAAGCCAUUAACAAAGUCACUGCAGAGAGGAGAGGAUCCGCAGUUUGACCAAUUGAUCAGCACUAUGAGUUCUCUGGCGGAGUACUGUCUGCCCUCUAUCCUCCGCACACUGUUUGACUGGUACAAGAGGCAGAACGGAGAGGAGGACGAGUCCCACGAGUACAGACCACGCUCUAACACAAAGUCCAAAAAUGAUGAACAGCAGAGGGAUUAUUUACUGGAGAGGAGAGAUCUGGCCAUCGACUUCAUCUUCUCACUCGUACUCAUAGAAGUUCUCAAACAGAUGCCUCUCCACCCAGUCCUCGACACUUUGGUCCAGGAAGUCAUUAACUUGGCUUUUAAGCACUUUAAAUACAAAGAAGGGUACCACGGUCCCAACACUGCAAACAUGCACAUUGUGGCAGAUCUCUAUGCAGAAGUCAUAGGAGUCUUAGCGCAGGCAAAGUUCCCUGCAGUGAAGAAGAAGUUUCUGAGUGAGCUGAAGGAGCUCCGUCAGAAGGAGCAGAACCCAUACGUGGUCCAGAGCACCAUCAGCCUCAUCAUGGGCCUCAAGUUCUUCAGGGUGAAGAUGUACCCUGUUGAAGAUUUCGAGGCUUCGUUUCAGUUCAUGCAGGAGUGCGCGCAGUAUUUCUUGGAAGUGAAAGACAAAGACAUCAAGCAUGCACUGGCCGGCCUCUUCGUGGAGAUUUUAGUGCCCGUAGCAGCGGCUGUGAAGAACGAGGUAAAUGUCCCUUGUCUGAGGAACUUUGUGGAAAGCUUAUAUGAUACAACGCUGGACCUGUCGACUCGAAAGAAACACUCUCUGGCUCUGUACCCGCUGGUGACGUGUUUGCUGUGUGUCAGCCAGAAGCAGCUCUUCCUCAACAGAUGGCACGUCUUCCUCAGUAACUGCCUCUCCAACCUGAAGAGUAAGGACCCGAAAAUGGCCCGAGUAGCGCUGGAGUCUCUGUACCGCCUGCUGUGGGUCUACAUGAUCCGCAUCAAGUGUGAAAGCAACACUGCGACACAGGGCCGCCUGAACAACAUCGUCACCACCCUGUUCCCCAAGGGGUCCCGCAGCGUGGUGCCUAGAGACAUGCCUCUUAAUAUCUUUGUCAAAAUCAUUCAGUUUAUUGCACAGGAAAGACUUGAUUUUGCCAUGAAAGAAGUCAUUUUCGACCUGCUGUGUGUUGGAAAACCUGCAAAAGCCUUUAGUCUUAAUCCAGAGAGGAUGAAUAUCGGUCUCCGAGCAUUCCUGGUUAUAGCUGAUAAGCUGCAGCAGAAGGACGGAGAGCCGCCCAUGCCGAACACUGGAGCCACUCUGCCCUCAGGAAACACGCUGCGUGUCAAAAAAACCUACCUGAGCAAAACCCUCACUGAGGAAGAGGCCAAAGUUAUAGGAAUGUCCCUCUAUUAUUCCCAAGUACGGAAAGCCAUUGACAACAUCCUGAGACAUUUGGAUAAAGAAGUGGGUCGCUGUAUGAUGCUCACCAACGUCCAGAUGCUCAAUAAAGAACCAGAGGACAUGAUAACCGGUGAGAGGAAGCCGAAGAUUGACCUGUUUAGGACGUGUGUGGCUGCCAUCCCACGCAUUCUGCCUGAUGGCAUGAGCAAGCUGGAGCUCAUUGACCUGCUGGCACGGCUGACCAUCCACAUGGAUGAUGAGCUGCGCUUGAUAGCCCAGAAUUCCCUUCAGAGUCUGCUGGUGGACUUCUCAGACUGGAGAGAGGAGGUUCUGCUGGGCUUUAGCAGCUUCCUGCUGCGCGAGGUUCAGGACACACACCAGGCCCUGCUGGACUCCUCCAUCAAACUGCUCCUGCAGCUCCUCACACAGUGGAAACUGGCCCUGCUCGCGUCCAGCAAGAGCCUGGACACGGCUAAGAUCUGCUCUGCUGAGUUAUUGCAGGGGGGCUCCAGCUCCAGGCUUGUUCCAGAGCGUGCUCCUCACUCUGCAGUGCUACAUGCUCUGGAGGGUUUGGCUCUGGUACUGCUGUGCUCUUGCCACACGGCCACACGCAAACUGGCUGUGGCCAUCCUCCGAGAGGUCCGCCUCAUCCUCCUGACCACCGGACACAGUGAGGAGGAUGAGCGGCCCAUGCUGGACGUGCUGGAUCAGGUGAGCCCGGUGGUCCUGGAGAGUUUCGCCCAUGUGGUGAGGGACUCGAUGUCGGUGCCAGUGGGCCAGCAGGCUGACCUGCAGUGGCUGGUGGAGUGGGGCGGGGGGCUCCUCAGCAGUCACUAUGACGUCCUCAGCCCAUCGAGGGUGUGGGUGGUGGCUCAGUCGGUGCGGGACCCCUGGGCCCUGUGCCUCUUCAGCCUGCUGAGACAGGAGCACUUGCCCAAACACUGCCCCACAGCCCUGAGCUACGCCUGGCCCUACGCCUUUACCCGCCUGCAGCUGCUCAUGCCUCUGAUAGAGCCUAGCAACCCUGCUAAUGCUAAGAAGACGAGUGCAGCAGGCUCAGGUGACAGCUUCGUCUCUCUGUGGAGGAACUACCUAAUCCUGUGCUUCGGUGUGGCCAAGCCGAGCAUUAUGAGUCCUGGCCACCUCCGAGCCUCCACGCCUGAGAUUAUGACCCCGACCAGUGACAGCAGCAGCGGCUACGACAACAAAGUUGUUGGGACUCCGUCAGUAGCGUGGCUCCUGAAGCAGCUGGUUCCUCUGAUGCGCUCUGAAAGCAUUGAGAUCACCGAGGCACUGGUGCUGGGCUUCGGCCGCACAAACUCUCUGGUGUUCAGAGAGCUGAUAGAAGAACUGCAUCCUUUGAUGAAGGAAGCUUUGGAAAGAAGGCCAGAGAAUAAGAAGCGCAGGGAGAGGAGAGAUCUACUGAGGCUGCAGCUGCUCCGGAUCUUUGAGCUGCUGGCCGACUCUGGUGUCAUCAGCGACAGCACUAAUGGAGCACUGGAACGGGAUACUCUUGCUUUAGGCGCUCUCUUUCUGGAGUACGUAGAUCUGACCAGGAUGCUUCUGGAAGCUGAGAAUGAUAAAGACGUGGAGAUUCUCAAAGACAUCCGAGCCCACUUCAGCGCCAUGGUGGCCAACCUCAUACAAUGUGUGCCUGUGCACCAUCGCCGAUUCCUCUUCCCCCAGCAGAGCUUGCGCCAUCACCUCUUCAUCCUCUUCAGCCAAUGGGCCGGCCCCUUCAGCAUCAUGUUCACGCCCCUGGAUCGAUAUAGCGACAGGAAUCAUCAGAUUACGAGAUACCAGUACUGCGCCCUGAAGGCCAUGUCCACUGUGCUUUGUUGUGGCCCUGUGUUUGACAACGUGGGCCUCUCUCCAGACGGAUACCUCUACAAGUGGCUGGAUAACAUCCUGGCCUGCCAGGAUCUGCGGGUGCAUCAGCUGGGCUGUGAAGUUGUGGUUCUGCUGCUGGAAUUGAACCCGGAUCAGGCCAAUCUGUUCAACUGGGCUGUCGACCGCUGCUACACUGGCUCCUACCAGCUGGCGUCGGGCUGCUUCAAAGCUAUUGCCACAGUCUGCGGAAGCAGGAAUUACCCUUGUGACAUUGUGACGUUAUUGAACCUCAUCCUCUUCAAAGCGUCAGAUACCAACAGGGAGAUCUAUGAGAUUUCUAUGCAGCUAAUGCAGAUUUUGGAGACUAAGCUGUGUGUAUAUUCUAAGAGGAUACUAGAGGAGAGGAGUAGCAGUUUGCUAUACGGCACCCAUGGACCUUUGCCACCCCUCUACACCCUCUCUCUGCCACAGCUCUCUGCCCAGCUCGCCCGGAUGUACCCAGAACUCACCCUGCCCCUGUUCUCAGAGGUCAGUCAGAGGUUUCCCACCACUCACCUGAAUGGCAGGCAGGUGAUGCUGACCUACCUGCUGCCGUGGCUCAGGAACAUUGAGCUGGUGGAUGGAGGUCUGCUGCCGGCCACCUCCAGCCCCUCCCACCGAGUGGAGGAGAGGAAGAGGCGGGGCUCCAGCAUGGCCCCACCCUCCUCUCACCUCCCAGGCUUGGGCUGGGGCUCCCCGCAGGCCACCGCCCUCGUCCUCAACAACCUCAUGUACAUGACUGCCAAGUAUGGAGAUGAUGUGCCGGGUGCCGAGAUGGAGAACGCGUGGACGGCUCUGGUGUGUAACGAGAAGUGGAGCAGUAACCUGCGCACGGCCCUGCAGUUCCUCAUCAGCCUGUGCGGGGUCAGCAGUGACACCCCCCUCCUGCCGCACAUGAAGAAGGUGGUGAUCUAUCUGUGUAGGAGCAGCACCACUCAGACGAUGGCGGAGCUGCUGUUUGAGCUGCAGCAGACUGACCCAGUUAAUCCUGUAGUUCUGCACUGUGAUAAUCCGCCGUUCUACCAUUUCUCUGCCACCAGCAAGAUCUCCACUGUGACCUCCGGUACAGAAAACCUGUCUGCACAUCUAUACAGAACGCAGGCUGAAUGUACAACAUCCAGCAGCAACACAGUUGUUGCUGGCCAAGAAAAUAUCCCAGACACUGAUGACACGAAAGUAGCCAAGGAGAAUGAGGACAGGCUGAGCAGUAUAAUGAGGGCCCAUAACCGACUGGAAUCUCGCUACAGCAACAGCUCCGGAGGCUCUUACGAUGAGGAAAAAAGUGAGCCCCUCCCGCUGUAUGCUGGUUGGCUGCUGAACAUUCUGGAGACCAAUCAGCCGCUCCCUUUGCCCAUGCCUGUUAAUGGAGGCUGCUGGGCACCUCUGGUGGACUAUCUGCCCGAAACAGUCACUCCAAGAGGACCACUGCACAGGUGUAAUAUAGCAGUGAUCUUUAUGACGGAGCUGGUGAUUGACCACAGUGUGAGAGAGGACUGGGCCUUACAUCUGCCCCUGCUGCUUCACGCUCUGUUUCUGGGUAUGGAUCACUGUAGGCCGGAGGUGUUUGAGCACUGUAAGCGUCUACUCCUGCACCUGCUGCUGUCUCUCUCCUGCAGCCGCAGUUUCCCUCUCCUCGCCUCCGUCCUGCUGCAGAGCCACGACGCCACCAGCACCAAAAGCCUCACCAUCCGGCCCAGCUACCAGCCCGACUUCUUCUACACAGGUGGCGUUGAUUUCCUGAGGGAUGGUCAGGCCUCCCCGGUGCCGGAUUCUGGCCUGAGCUCAUCCUCCACAUCCUCCAGCCUGAGUCUGGGGGGCAGUAACAGUAACCUGCCGCACCUGUCCCACGAGGAGUCCGACCCUCUGGAGAGCAGCACUGAGGCAGAGGAGAAAAGCAGCAAACUUGUAGAGUUUCUCACUACCAGGCCAUUUGGUCCUUUGUGGUGCCAUGAAGACAUCACGCCUAAACAUCAGCACUCCAAAAGCACUGAGCAGCUCACUAACUUCCUUCGCCAUGUGGUGUCUGUCUUGAAAGAGUCCAAAUCAGACGUACGUCUGGAGCAGCAGCUGAGUGACGUGGCUCUGCAGACGGCUCUGUGCAGCUCCUCCAGGCACUACGCUGGCCGAUCGUUCCAGGUAUUCCGGGCGCUGAGGCAGCCUCUGUCUGCGCUGGCCGUGUCAGAUCUGCUCUCGCGUCUGGUGGAGGUGGUGGGGGAGCACGGAGAGGAAGUACAGGGUUAUGUGAUGGAGCUGCUUCUGACCCUUGAAUCAGUGGUUGACAACCUUGCAGAGUGCCUCAAGAACAAUGAUUUAAUGGCUCUUCUCACAAGGGCUCCUUCUCCAGACCUGCUGAACAAUGGUAAGCUCUUGUUCAACCGGAAGAGCACCAGCCAGCUUGACUUGGUCCCUGGCACAGGGACUGCAUCUGAAAGAAUCCGCCACCAGCGGAGCUACUCUGUACCCAAGCGCUUCGGUGAGGCCGAGCGUUCCUCUGAGGUUCCUCGCAGUGCCACGCUGGACCGCAUCAAUGCCUGCACCCACCAGCACCAGGGCAACCUGUCCAGGCUCCGCUCACACUCCUCCACCUCUUCCAGGGACAACGUGGUCUCCACCAAUCCAGCCAACGCUAACCACCCCCGCAACCUGCUGGCCACCAUCUUCUGGGCGGCCGUGUCCCUUAUGGAGUCAGACUUUGAAUUUGAGUACCAGAUGUCACUGCGCUUGCUGGGGAAGCUGUUCACCCAUGUCUCUCUAGACAAGCAGGAGAACAAGGAGAAGCUGGAGAAGAUCCAGAGCCAGCUAAGGUGGAGUGGAUUUUCCGGGCUCCAUCAGCUCCUGCUGAAGGGCUUCACCUCGGCCGGCACCACAGAGCUCACACUGCAACUUUUCUCUCAGCUCACACCCGUCUCCCGCCUGCCUGUGGUGGACACCUCGCAGGCCAUAGGUUUCCCGCUGAAUGUGCUCUGCCUCCUCCCUCACCUGGUGCAGCACUUUGACUGUCCAACGCAGUUCUGUAAGGACGUGGCUGAGAGGAUCGCUCAGGUCUGCAUUGAUGAAAAGAACGCCAAGCUGUCCAACCUAGCGCACGUGAUGACUCUGUACAAAACCCACUCGUACACCCGCGACUGCUUCUCCUGGGUCAACGUGGUGUGUCGCUACCUGCAUGAAGCCUUCAGUGAAAACACCGUCAGCAUGGUCACCUACAUGGCAGAGUUGUUGGAGAAGGGGCUUCCCAGCAUGCAGCAGAGUCUCCUGCAGAUCAUCCACAGUCUGCUUACUCACAUGGACCUGAGCGGCAUCCAGGCCAAGCCCUUCAACAUGGAGGUGCUCAAGACCAUCGAGAAGUUUGUACAGACGGUACACUGGAAGGAAGCUCUGAACAUUUUGAAGCUUGUGGUGUCCCGCUCGGCCAGCCUGGUCCUGCCCUCGUCCCCUCCCAGCAGCAGCAGUGCUGUGUCCCAUGUGGAGAUCAGCCGAGUGUGGGACACAGCGUCCAAAUCACUUCCCGGCAAAACACUGGACUUCCACUUUGACAUCUCAGAAACACCUGUGAUUGGCCGGCGGUAUGACGAGCUGCACGGUUCCCCAGGCCGGGAUGGUAAGGUGAGGGGUGUGGCUGCGGUGACCCGCAGCACCUCCUCCACCUCCUCCGGCUCCAACAACAAUAACCACGCCCUUGUCCCUGUCAGCUGGAAACGCCCUCAGUCCUCUCAGAAGAGAACGCGAGAGAAGCUGGUGAACGUGUUGACCCUGUGUGGACAAGAAGUGGGGCUGACAAAGAACCCUUCGGUGAUCUUCUCGUCCUGUGGGGAGCUGGAUCUGAUUGAUCACCAGCCCAGUCUGGUCUCCUCAGAGGACAGCACUCGGGACCCGGACAACAUGGAUGACACAGCGUCUGAACAGCAGUUCCGGGUCUUCAGGGAUUUUGACUUCUUAGACGUGGAGCUGGAAGAUGGAGAGGAGCUACAGGGUGAGACGGUGGACAGUUUUAACUGGGGAGCACGGAGACGCUCCAUGGACAGCCUGGACCGAAUGGAGCCACAGCCUCUGGAAGAGGACAGUCGGCUGUCCGGCAGUUCGCCCAGCCUGGGACCCAUCGCUCGAGAUGACUCGGACGAGUCUUCGGAAGAAGACUCGCUCACUGUCAGCCACAUCCUGUCCACCUCACAGCUAAAUGUCAGCAUGUCCCCCACCGAGCAGGUGAACCACAUGGACUCUCUGUCCGCCUCCCUAGAUGCCACUUCAGCUGAGCCCCUCUCUCUGCCCACCCCAGUGCCCAGCCUCAGCGCCAGCCUGCCCGAGGAUUCAACCCCGCGGACUGAACUAUCAGCAGAAGAUGAGGGCGCAAGCAUUCAUGAGGAUGAAAUCUCUCUCUGCAUUAAUGAGCUUCCCUCAGCUUUCAGCCACUCUGACAGCAUAACGCUGGACAUUCCUGGGGACGUCAAGGGAGAUGUGGAGUCAGAGUCCAGCUGUUUACCCAGUCUCCACUCCUGCAGUGGCUUUGGGGAGCAGCCCAGUCUCAUGUUAGCUGAGGAGGAAAAAGACGAUCUCCUGCUGGAGUCUCGUUCUUCCUCUCCUCCUCCGUCCCCAUUCUUCUCUGCCAUCCUGGCUGCCUUCCAGCCGGUAGUGUGUGACGAUGCUGAGGAGGCCUGGCGCACUCACCUGAACCAGCUGGUGGCUGACACGGAUGGCUCCUGCGCUGUCUACACCUUCCAUGUCUUCUCUUCACUGUUCCAGAGUAUCCAGACCAAGUUCUGUGCCUUGACCUGCGAUGCUGCUAGUUAUCUUGGAGAAGGCCUCCGCGGAAUAGGAGCCAAAUUUAUAAGGUCGUCGCAGAUGUUGACGGCGCACUCAAAGUGCCCCACUCUGUUCAUAGAUGCUGAUACAAUUGUCUCCUACGGACUGCUAGAAAAAAUGAAGUUCAGUGUUUUGGAGCUGCAGGAGUAUCUGGAUACCUACAACAACAGAAAAGAGGCAGCCAUCUCAUGGCUACGGAACUGCAAGGCUACCUUCACCAAAGGCUCUGGGGAUGGGGUGAUCACAUACCAGCCUGCUGAGACUGAAGAAAAGCAACUGGAGCUGUGUCAACGACUCUACAAACUCCACUUUCAACUGCUUCUGCUUUAUCAGUCUUACUGUAAACUGAUCGGUCAGGUGCACGCUAUCAGCGCCGUCCCAGAGCUCGUGAACAUGUCAAAGGAGCUUAAUGAUCUGAAGAGUAACCUGCGGGCGGCGGCAGCUUCAGUGGCAGGAGAGCAGGCAGCCCAGGGCAGUGAGCAGUCCUCCGCGCCCUGCUUCAGCUCCUCAGAGGCGGCGGUGCAGGCCAUACUGGAGAGUCUGAGGAACAACGAGUUCUCCACAGCCAUCCGCUACAUUCAGGAGUGCAGGAGGAUGUGGCCAAGCGACAUUUUCGGCAGCAGCUCGGAGAACGAGACCCAGACUCUGCUGAACAUCUAUUUCCGGCACCAGACGCUGGGGCAGACGGGCACGUUUGCUCUAGUGGGCUCCAGGCAGGACCUGUCCGAGGCCUGCGCGCGGCUGACGGAGCUCAACUGCGAGAUCCGGGACAUGAUCCGCCGGGCUCAGGGCUACCGGGCCAUCACCGCCUACCUACCGGACUCCAGCGUGGCUGGCAUCAGCCUCUGAACCAUGGACUGCUGCGCUUUGCUGACCGCUGCUGACUGCUGCUAGUCCUGGCCCAGCCUGGCCCGGCCCGGCCCAGGGCUUUCUUCCCUCCAAUCCGGAGAUUUUUAAAAUGUAUUUAGCGGAUUCUCUAAUCUCAAAGCAGAUGUGUUGAAAACAACACGUAGCGUGUUAUUUUUAAUACAUCCAUGUGUCCAACUAAUUUUUUGAGUUACUUUUGACACAAACAAUGCAUUUUUAAUGCAAAGAUGUGUUCUAAUUACUGGGUCUGUUUCAGAGAUUUGCUGUGGUCUUUUGGCCUGAUACAAAAGCAAAAAGUGUUCGUCAUUUUUGAGAGCGCAGCACUUAGAGUCUUGCUCAGUCUAGGUUACGUUCAGAUUGCAGGUAAAAGUGGCCUGAAUUCUAUUUACUGCCCAAAUCUGAUUUUGUUAUUUGGUUGUUCACGUUAUCUUUUUAACCUCUUAUUCUCCAGGGUAUAUUUUGGUUUGUCCAUCUGAAUUCACAUGACCAAAUCGUAAGGCAAAUUAUUCAGUAACUGCAUGAAAUAAAUGUACAUUUUUAUUUUAUUUAUUUAUUUAUUUUUUAAAGUUCCCCUCAAAUUAACAGAACAUGUGUUUUAUGAUCAUAAACAUAUUGCUAUAUGCUUACAAUUUACUGUUGAAAGCCAAAAAUCUUAGACGCUCUUUGUAUUAUUUUAUAAAAAUAAUUUUUACAGAGCAGAUCACCGAAGAGACGCCAUCUGUUUAUAGUUUGUAGCUCAGAUUUGUGGAAAAAUGGGUCGACUUUCAGUAGACAAAAAAAAAUCAGCUUCUUUUACUAUAAGGGUUUAAAAUUACAUCACCCAUCUAUUUGACUGGAAAGAAGACAGUUACAGCCCUCAUAUGACCCCCACUUUUGGAAUGUAGCUUAUGAAAUAUGAAAGUUAUGAAGAAUAUGACAAAGUGCAUUUUGAGAUGAAUAGUAUCUGACAUCAGUCUGAACAGAUUACGCUCCUGAACUGACUUGCAUGUGUGAAAGAACACUGAUCCUCCCGGGACACUCAUCUGAGAUUAACAGAUUUUCCUUUCAGACAACACUGAACUUUAACAUGUGCUUAUUUAUUUAUGACACUCCUGCCUUUCUCUUUUAUCUUUUAAAGAGAAACAUGUAAAGCGUAACCAUAGUAACAGGAGUUUAGAUGAUGUUGCACACAAAAUUAUGAUUAAGAUAGAGUUAGAUUGAUGUAAAUAUCACAUGAAUUCAAACAGAAGUCAAUAUCAGAUAUUGAUCAGAUUUCAGUAUGGCAUAUGAAAGGCUACGUUCACAUUACCAGGCUGAAUGUGACACAGAUCUGAUGUUUUCAAAUCAGAUCCGAGCCACUUUCAUAUGUGGUCCUAGAUCGAAUACUUAUCUGAUUUGUGGCCGUGGAAUCUUAAUGAAAAUGCUCCGAUCGGAAUUCAUGUGUUUUGUUAAGUGAGUCACUUACCUACACAAAUGUGAACAAUUGAGUUAGAAAGGUCCGAGCAAAAAAAACAGAACUGAGCAAUGAGGCUUGUAAUGUGAACGUAGCCAAAGUGGCCCAAAUCUGAAUUGAGUGUCAGAUUGAGUGUUUUUUGCUGUUUACAUGCACUCAAUAAUCCGAUCAUAAUUGGAUUUCUGCAGUUAUCUGAUUAUUUAAAGUGUCAUGUAAAUAGCAUAUUCAAAAUUUCUUAGAUAAAAAAUCUGAUAAAAAUAGCUGGAUUUUAGCUCAGUAAUCGGAUUUCUCAGUGCAUGUACACUCUUACUCUGAUUUCUUUCGGAUUUCGUGAGACGGCAGCAAAACACUUUUGCAGCGACGCUGAAACCAAAUACAUGCUUUACGAAAUAAAGGAUUUAAAUAUUUUUCAUCUUCUAGAUGAUGUAUGUUCAUAUUUUCAGGUAAAGUCGUGCGAUGUUAAAAAAAAACAACGUCUGAAGUUUUUCAUUAAGUUUAUGUCACGUCUUAUUCCGUUAGUUUGUUGGCUGGUUGCAAAGCAGAAAUCUGAUUACUGCCUGAUUCACGUGGACCUGGAGUUUUCCUGUUAUCUGAUUACUCAAGGGCAUGUAAACACGUUGAUCAGAUUACUGACAAAAUUACUGAUUUUCUGCAGUUAUCGGAUUAUUAAGUGCAUGUAAACACACUCACUGUCACACAAAAACAAAUCACAUAUGAAGAAAAAAGGGCAUGGAGAAGAUCGGAUAUGGGCCACUUUUACCUGCAUUGUGAACGUAGCUUUAUUGGUGAAAAAGAUAUUUGUCUUUUGUUGCACUAAUAUCAGCACACAUGACAUAGCAGGGCAAUUCCUUCUGCCGUCGAGCACCCACUGGACAAACACCAAAGCUUCGUGACGCCCACGUCCACGUCUACCAUUGUAAACUUUUAGGGAAAACGUGCAAUGCUUCACAUAACGUGAAAAGACUCUUUACUGUAUCUUCAAAAGAAUGUUUUUAAGCUGUAGUGCUUUGGGCUACUUGAAUAUACUGUAGCAGGUGGAACGAUGCCGAAUAUUUCUUUUAACUGUCACGACUCAAAUGAAGCUGACUUUUAUGUUGCUGUGGGGCAAAAAAGAAAAAAUGAUCAGAGCACCUCAAUCCAUUGACUUCCACACACACACAUGCUGCAGUGCUACUGUCUGAAAGACCCGGAUGCCAAGGAAAGCCAUCCGAUACUUAAUGAAGAUGUAAUUGUACUAACUGUUUGCUUCCUACUGUCCACUGGUUGCUUAUAGGAGAUUUAUUUAUAUUCUCAAGAAAUCAACAUGCUUUGGAUCGUAUAGUUUUAUAGAAUGAAGAUAUGUUCCUUUGAAAUGGCCAAGCAUGCAAAUCUAUGUACUAUAAGAGGAGAUAGAAAUAUUUAUGAAUAUAAAGAAACUAUUUUAACUGAAGGUUGCAUUUGUACAAAGUACUAAGAGUGGAGCCGAUGCUUGUUACGUUGUGUUUUUUAUUGUUCUGUUUUGCUGUUCGACUCUGCAGGCCUGUGCAUGGCACAGACAUGCAACGCUUUUUUGAGAGAUGACAAAGUCUUUAUCUUGUAAAUAAUGUUUCUGAGUUGUGCUUUGAGUUGUUCUUGAAACUUCUGUUACACAAUAAAUCGUUGAAUACUGGUGAAACCAUCCUGCAUUAA